AUGGUUACAGACACGCCUAUACAAGAAAAUGACAACUACAAAACUGUUAGCUAUUAUCAAAAAGCAGCAGAUAUGAGAAAUGCUGAAGAGAAUCACCAGGCUAAAUUUAUACCUAAAUUCCAAGAAACCAAACCCACUGAAUUUGAAGAGGUGGAAGUCUUUAGGGCAAUUGCCCAAGAAUACUUCCCUGAAGAAAUUGAUAGAGAAACAGAAACUAUCCCUAGGGACCUUAACACAGAAGAAAGUGAAUGGGAAGAUUAUAGUACUGAUGAAUAUGAAAUUUGGGAAUGUAAAUUAGACAAAGAACUCACCACAAGUGAAAUAGAGCAUAAAAGGUAUCUUCAGGACCUCUUAAUUGAAUUGGCUAUAGAAGCUGAAAUAGAAAUUACGUGGUCCACUCAAAAUGGUUACCAAUAUGAGCCUGUAAGCCAUAGUAAUCUUGAAAGUAACCCACAACCCAUACUAUUAAACGAAGCCUAUCAAAUUGACAUACCCCUAUGGGGAGAAAUAGCAAGAGGGCUGGAAUUCGAGAAUAAUGAUGAGGAAUAG